AUGUCUCAAGAUUCUCAGUCAGCUGAAAAUAUCACAGAGGACCAUGCUUCAACACAAAUAAGGGUAAGUAAUUCAUAGACGCACUUUUUCUUCGAUUAACAAGUCAAAACUCGGGCACCCAUCGAGAAUAUAGUUCGAAACCUCUUAAACAUGCAUUGUUGAACGUAGUUUAGUAUUUAAACGGUAGAUAUAGGCAUAUUUUUAUCCCCUAAAAAAUUUUCAUCUGUUCGGAUUUCCUAGCUGAAUUAAAAGUCUAGUGAUCCGAAAAUUAUAGGGAUCAAAACUAACCUUUUCGAAAAUUUCAGCCAGGAAAAAAGGCUCCCGAAAAUUUUAGCUGACCUUUAUAGGGUAAAGGUUCGUUAAAAAUGGGCAAUUAUACCAUUUUUAAGAUGUUCGAAAAUCCUUGGAGAGGCAGGCAAGCAAGAAAUUUUACAACAAAUGUUCAGAAAAUUCUACAUCUCAAAUCGUCUUCCGAACAGACAUUUUCCGAAAAUUGACAUUGGGAGCCCCUGGUCCAAAUUUAUUUUCUUUAUUGGAGGUUACGUUUCCAAAACUUGAUCCGUUCUGGUUGUUUGAAAAAUUGCACAAUGUUUCGCCACCCACACAAUUUUGCCUUACAGCACUUGACUACUAGCUCGAAGUAUUUUUUUAAAUCGCGUGCCAAUUGUUGUUCUUUGGUUGACAAUUUCAAUUUGUACUUUAUUUGACAAUAGAUUUAGAUUCUUCAGCCUUUCCUUGAAGUGCUCUGUCACCCCCUUUUUUUCACUUUGCACUGGGAAGGUUGUUGUCCAACUUUACAGAGAGGCCGUUUAAAUACGUAGUAACCCGAGUAUCAGUCCUUCCUUAUGGGACGGGGGAAGGCAGCAAAAAAAAAAACUAGGACAUACUGAAGUCUGACACUUAGGUACAGAAUCUUCGAUUCUUAAAUUACUCGUUUAAUCUUUUCUAUUUUCUUCUGCAUGCCUGUUAUUCUGUUUAGACAUCAAGAAACGGAAUUACAGAAGCUGAAAAUCGUGGUCUUGUCUAUAUGCAUGGCAAAACACUGAGUCAUACCGUCGCCAACUUCUUCACUAAAGUGGCUGCUUCGUUCUCGUCAGAAAAAUACAGUGGCUUUGUAUUCGAGAUCUCCUUAGCAGACAAGAACGAUGAUAGGAAGUGGUAAGUUUCCUCAAUCUCUUUUUAUCAUGAAUAUACAUAUUAUUGGAAAAGCGGCUAUCAAUGUAUCAAUGUACGGAUUUCCCCCAAUUACUGUAUUCAGGUGUAUUAUAGCUAAUGUCUAAAACGAUUACCAGAACACGCUUGAAACCAAAUUUCACGAAAAUCGUUCGCGCAGAAAUCUGUUUGUCAUAAUACUCGUAAUUGGCACGGAGUCUACUUUUGUUUUCAUCUAAUAUAAUCGGAGACAACAAUUUUUUAUCUACGUCCAGUUUUCAGUGAGUUUUGGUAUUCCACCGUCCCAAGAUAAUGCCACAAACAUCGAAGGUCAUACUAAGCCAAAUUACACCGACGAAUCAUGAUUCGACAACUAUUUCUCAAUUGUACCAAACGAUCGUCAAUCGCCUAUACACGUUUUCCAACGCUCAGUGCAUGCCGAUUACAUAAACUUUAAAUACACGGAGAACUUACUUUGGUUUUGGUUUCCUCACUUUCUGCUAAAAACCGCUCCAUGACAGUAAGUCACGUACUUGCUGUUUAACGUGACAACACCAUCUGCUUUCAUUUCAUUUUCUAGAGAACAGGACUUUCCCUAUUCAAUUUAAGUUGCGGGCUGUGUACUUAUUAUUGCUAAUUAGGUGUCGCUGUUAGUUGGCCUUAACGUACCCGUUAUCUUGGGUGUUGAAUGAAAAUUUAGAUGAAGUUAUAUUGAAGAGAUAGCUUCAUUAGUCACCUUUGGUCUAUUCUCAUGUGUCUGAUGUUACCAUUAAUUCUUAACAAUUUCUCUGUAAAUUUGGCCAUAACAGGGAAGUGGCAUUCACUAUGGCACAGUUGAAUGACAGCAAUGUAAUAAAAAAUAUCCUACAAGAUCAUUGUGACGAGAUGAUCUGGUAUCGAGUCCCAAGGGAUGCUCCGGGGAGUGUAGACCUCGCUACGUAUAUGUUCCAACAAACGAGAAUAUACAAUGCCUCUGAAGAAAGAGUGUCCAAGAAGGUCGCCUUGCAGGUAUCAGGUCUCGAAUUUUUCAAUAUUACUAGAUUACCUUAUUUCAAAUAUAGCAUAUACAUAAAAGUACUUGGAACACAGGAUACGGCCGAAUAUUGAAUCAUCUCAUAAGUUUCCUGAACUCUUAAUGCGGACAGAUAAUUGUGCGGUGAUAUCUCACCUCAAGUCUCACUAAAGCUGCAGACAACGUACUUUACUCCCGGUCAAUAUGUAUUUGUAAAAAAGAUUGAGUCACGUUAUUUAUUUCAUUACUUGCUAAUUUACAUCUAAACGUUCAUGAAGUCUUUCCCUCUUUUAGUAUCCUGGUUGGCAAGCGGACGGUGUAUUUGUUGUAAGUGACACCAUCCAGAUUAACACCAAAGAAGGGAGGCUGCUCGAAAAUUUCGAGAAAUAUGUCCUAUACCGUUCGACAAAGUCAGGAAAAGGUAAGAUAAUAGGUUGGCAUAGUGUAAGUAUAUUAACAGUUAUUUUACGUACCCCACCCAUAGUAAUUGCAAGUUACAAAGUUGGGGCUUCUGGAAAUAAUUCCCUAAGUUACAUGUAGUUCUCUGCCACAUAUUUGGCGCUAGUUCAAAGCAUGAGAGCUGCCCCAGUCUACCAUACAAUGCAUUGCCGAAUUGGACGUUUCAGUUAUUUACUUUUUGUUUUACUUUUGAUAGAAGCAAAGAAACGCAGACUUCCUCACUUUCUCCAGCCAUUUUCUUCAGAAGCGCUGGCCAAUUUAGUUGGUGCAUUUAAACAGUUAUUGGGUAAUAAUUAUCCAGCAGCUUGCUUAGCGGUUGGCGGAGUUGCCAUGGCCACCGGCCAUGAAAGGAUAACCUCAGCGUAUGGUUCAUGUCCCGUAAUCAUACUGAGUGGAGACACCGAGACAGGAAAAACUACCGUUUUGAGGUCUAUGUUAUCUUUAGUCGGGAACGACGGAGUCCUAAAAGGUAGGAGAAUACAGUCGUAGCUCUCGUAAGCGACCACUCCGGGAGUCCAAAAAAAUAGUCGCAACUAGAGCUGGUCGCUUACGAGAAUGGGUUCUCCUAAACGACCAAAGCUAUAAACAAUAAAAUGCGUAAAAUGUUUGGGAUUUCUAAAUUCUCAUUAAUGGUAUAGAAAAGAAUGUUAGUGAAUGCACCUACAAAAACUGGAAACUUAUUUUCUCUCACCCACCUGUGCCAAAGUAUCCUGACAAAUAACUGAAACACUUUGAGUGGUCGCUUACGAGAGCUUAAAAAUAAUAGCAAAGUCCAGCUGGGUAAUCGCGCUCAAAGGUGGUCACGGUUGCUUAUGGGAACGGUCGUUUAAAAGAGCUCAAUAAGAGAGUUGAGGUGAAAAUUAAAAUUGUGUUUCACAUCGGUGGUUGUAAUUAGAGCUGGUCCCCUACGAGAGUGGUCGCAGUGAGAGUUUCGACUGUAACUAAGUUGUUAAAGGGAGCUUUACUAUUGAAAAUUACGAUGAUAGCAAUUAUGCAGGGAAAAAUGAAUAUACAGAAUCAAUGUGUUGACUACACAUAACUGUCUUAGAUUGGGAUAACAUUAUUGUCUUUGGUAAGAGUCAUAACAGACCACCAGCCUCAAUUGGCCUAAAACAUAUCGUCAAUUUUUUUGUUGUGUGACGUAAUUAACUCUAAUUAGUUUAAAUACUUUUACACCGCUAAUUUUAUUUUCUUUCUUUUCUGUAAGAUUAUACUGGAAAUAGCGCCCUGGAGCAGUGCAGAUUGUCAUGCUUGCCGUUCGGAUGGGACGAUCCGGCCACACCAAAAGACGUAUCAUUUAUUGUGCAGGCAAUCUUCCAAAUGGUAAUUAUGCAUUUCCAGAGUACUCAGGCGAGCUCGCACACGUUAAUUUUCAGUAGUUCCCUAUUGACGUUGAACUCAUGAUAACGUUUUACCCACCUUUUUUGUUUCUGCAUUGCAAAAAAAAUCCCUGUAAGUGACUGAAUUUUCCAAGGAAAAAUCGGCGGGUUAAAUCGUUGAUCGGUACAUUUUGGGCAUAUCGCUAACAAUGAUAUAGACUCAGUGAAAAAUUAUUAUAUUUGCAGAAUGGAAGAGAAACUUAUAUUUCUAAAGGAAAACCUCGAGGAGUUCCUAUAAUCUCAGCCAACUUUGCCUGUGAAAACCACAAAAGGUGAGGGGAAACUACGUAGAAUACAGGGCCUGGACAGACCACAGUUCUAUGAUUUUAGCACGGUUUUAAAAUAAAAUCGUAAAGUUCCCACGACGUAGCCCAUUUACAACCUUGAGAACAGUCUUUUUUAAUUUUAAUCCUUUUGUUCAUCGGAAAUGCUGACAGCAAAAUAUAAAAGUUAACAAAGCAACUCAGAUUAUGGAAGAAAACAACACUGUUGCCCUGACAACCAACUUUAACUAUUACAAUUUAAGUUUGUUAUAUCCGUAACGGAAACUUGUUUUCGAAAUCUGUUAACACCAGACAUCUUCUGUAAUUUCUAACUCUCAUGCCAGUUGUGGAGGUAUAUACAGUUUUCGGAAUGCCUUUUCAAACACGUUAAAAGAUAUGUAGUUCAUCCGUGUCCAUCCAAAUUCGAUACAAAUGAUGAUUGUACUAUGAAAAAUGAAUAUUCAGUUAUAGUGUAUAAUGCGUUUUGUUUUGUUAGGAUAUUCUCUCGAGAAGGUAUCAUCGUGUUUCAAACCCCAAGCCCUCAGCUGGAACCGAAGGAAAGACGACGUUGUGAAUCAGAGUUGAGGAAAGCAACGAAGGAAGGUUCCAAAGGUUUUUUGGAAGUACUGGGCUCGGUUGAGCGCUUCUUCUCCCAAGAGGGCCAAGAACUGUUAGAUGAUGAAAUUUCGCCAAGGAUCUGCAGUAUCUUUGAUGGUCUUCUCCGAAGCCAGGCUAAUUACGAAAAAUUGGCCUGGUUUACGUUUGAUGUAAGUUUUUUCGCAUGUUUUAUAAAUUUCUGUUUUCCUAUGACUGGUCUCUAACACCUACAGCACCUUUAGUUGUGUUGUCUGCUUGUCAGUUUCCCGGUAAAUUUCAUUUCAGAAUUUGAUCGACAUAUUUGUUGUUCAUUGUUAUCGUUUUUCUAUCGUUAUCGCAAAUUCCCUUUUCCUUUAAAUCGAGCUGCAGUGAUUUCUUUCAAAAUGAACAAUAAUCCUUAUAAUGCACAGCAUUCGUGAAAAGCGGGCACCUAUUGAUGAUAUAAUAGAGUUCUUUAAGAUUAAUAUCGUGAUAGGAUACAUAUAUAUUUGUUAUUAGCAUGAACUGUGUUUUUUAAUAAAGAAAGUUAUUCAUCGUUUUUUUAUUGUCAUUUACCUUCACUGAAACAAUGGCGUGUUUAAUUAACUGUAAAGUGCUAUCUUUCAGAUGCUCCGAAGAGCGGGGCAUGAAGAAGACAUGGAAUUGGUGUGGCAGUAUGUAGAGGAUACUGUUGCUCCUCUCAUCAAGAGGAUUUACGCAGAAUCCUCCUCCGCAAUGAAACUAACUCAAGGAGUGCACGAGAUGAGUGGAAAUGUGAACGUGUGGGAAACUUUAACUAAAAAGAUGAGCACCUUCACACCCAGAGAGGUAAACACGCAAUCAUUUCAGUCUAUUAUAAACUAGCAAUGCAUACAACCACCGCUUAACAGUCAUACCACCUGUCGUCUCUCCCGGCCACUAACGGACGCCUAUCUAGUGGCCGGGACGAUCAGUGCCAGCCGUUUAGAUGCCAGGGCAAUAGCAAAGAUAUUAUCUAAUGAUAUUAAUCAGCCAAACAGAAACCUUUUGGUCUAGACCCUGUUGUUCGAAAAGUAAAAGUUUGUCGAGCACUGUCUGCGGAAAUCCUUGUUUUAAAAAUUGUUUUUUGUGAAAAUUUAAAGCUACACAUGUCAACAUACGGAGUCGGAACUGAUAGAUGCGAAAAUAUCUCACUCAAUUACGUUGUAAAAGUAAGUGGAUUCAGUUGAUAUAUUUCACACUCAUUUUUGGAAUUUAAGUCAGCAGAGGUAAGAAGUUAUACGUCUGCAUGGUCGCAACUUAAAUAAAGGGAAAAUUUGGAAUUGUUAAUUGUCUAAAAAAACACAAGUGCAGCAGGAUCGGUAGAACAGUAUUAGGUGCAACUAUGCCUCAUUAAUUGGCUCUAGAUACACUGUAUGACAAAAUAAUCAAGUCCUGAAAAACACAUAGCCGCCGUUGUAAUCUUGUUUUUUAAACAUCGUCAUCAAAACUGUACUUUUUUUCUCUCGUAGGUGUCAUACGUUUGCAGAAAAAUAAAAAUAAAAGGAGUGGAUUGUAUCUGUCUUUCCCUCAACUUUCUAAAUGCGGCUCUGGGCAGUCCUAACGACAAAAGAUGCAUUCAACAAAUGGAAUCUGCCAUUGGUAACCAGGUGCAGCUGACGCCAUACAAAACCCGUCAAAGGUUUUUGAGUCCAGAAUCCGACGAAGAUCAUUUUAAGGUAACAUGUUUAUUGAUAACCAUCAAAAGAGAAUAUCUCUCUUGU